AUGGCCAAGUUUUUAAAUUUAUUGAGUGAACAAUUUGGAAUGUCCUUAAGCAAUGAAAAUGCGCCUGAAAAAAGGAAGCGUCCUGAAUUCAGGAAGCAAACAGUACACACUGCAAAGGGAGGUGUACGCAGCUGUGCCGAGAGCGAGCGCUGUAUGCGCCGAAGUAAUACGAGCGAGCGUCUAGAACGCCGAAAUAAUACAGGGCACAACCGACAAGUGGUUAUGACAACCCAGGACAAGCCUGUAAGUCGGGUAACACAUAAGUGUGUUAUAUGCAACAAGGAGCACUCUAUAGUGAGUUGUUACAAGUUUAAGGACAUGAAUAUUCGCGAGAAAUGGGAAGCAGUCAAAAAGGCGAAAAGGGAUGUAGAAUGUCACAUCAUCGAAUGCUACACCGAUACCCCAAUGAAAAUACCUCGCCACAAGGGGACGAGGGGGGGUAAAGAGGCUCAGAUUACAACUGUUAGUACAGUGAAUGCACUGGCAUGUGCAUACUUAAAGAUUAUACCGGUCGAGUUGCAUGGGCCUAGAGGAAAGGUCAAGACAACAGCUCUUCUGGAUGAGGGAUCAACCAUGACACUCAUAGAGGAGUGGAUGGCUCAGAAGUUAGCGCCUCGCGGACGUAAAGAGGAAUUACUUAUUGAAGCCGUGGGAGGAGGUAAGAACCUACCUGUAGCAUCGCUCACCAAACUUGGAUGGGUUUUACAUGGUCGGAUAUCGGGUGUUAUUAAACCAAUCAAGAUUGUUAACCACAUUUCCACCAAGAAGGAGGAAGACAAACAAGUGGACACCAUAAAUAGCUUAGAAACAGGUGAAGAAAAAUCGCCAAAGGGCGUAAAUGCGCUGAGAAAGCGAGAACCGUUAAGUCUACCCGACUACGGACAAUUUAGCAGCUUUAAGAAAUUCCUUGGGGCAACUACACGCACCUUACAAGCGGUAGAAAAAUUCAAGAGUUUAAGAAAGUCGGUUAAAGGACCCGACGACGCAGCCGAAAAGUCGGUUAUGUGUUCCAACAAAGUUUUAGCAAAGUCGGUUAAAGGACCCGAUGGCGCGUUGGACAUAGCGCUCUUGAAAAAAGCGGAAUUAUUAAUUUGGAAAUUCGUUCAAGACGAGUGUUUUUACUCGGAAAUAAAAUGCUUGAAAGCAGGCAAAAGCGUUGAAAGAAGUUCACGCUUAAGUAAAUUAUCUAUGGAAAUAGGAGAAGAUAACUUACUCCGUUUAAAUAGACGUUUACCUUUCAAGUCUAAUUUGACCGAGGAAAGUAGAAAACCUGUCAUAUUAGACGGUAAACACGAAAUCGUUUAA